ACGGAGCAGAACCCCAGAGAGAACAGAGAGAACAGAGAGAGAGAGAGAGAGAGAGAGAGAGAGAGAGAGAGGAAGAAGAGAGCCUGAGCAGCGACGAUGGCGAGCUCGAUGACGAAGAAGGAGAUCGGGCAGACCCACGACGUGCUCCGCUUCGGCGUCAACGACAGCGUCAGGGGCGACCUCGCGCCGCCGCACCCCGUCCAGGCCACCAUCCAUAAGGAGACCAAGUUCUGGGACGACAAGAAGAGGUUCGGGACCGAGGCCAUCUACGGGUCCGCCUUCAACAUCCGCAAGGAUCUGGACGCACAAAUCCUCUCCAGGUUCCAAAGGCCCCCAGGUGCAUUGCCAUCAUCGAUGCUAGGAUAUGAGGCAAUGACAGGUUCCUUGGAUGAUUUUGGAUUUGAAGAUUACCUUAACUUGCCCCAGGACUCUGACAGCCUGCGCAUACCGGACAUGCACCACGGGAUGGAGGUUCGGCUUGGCCUGUCGAAGGGGCCUGUCUGCCCCAGCUUCAGUUGAUUCCUUCCACCCAUGUAUUUGUCUUGUGCUUCCCGUCCAGCAUCUAUGGCAGUUUCAUGGAUUGGUGAAACGUGAGAAGUAAAUAAAUGGGUAUUGCAUCAGUUUGAAUUUCUUGAAA